GUAAAAGUCUUAAAGGGAACUUCGUUUCCCACCCAUUUUUGUUCUUGCUUAUCCUCAAGUUACAAUAAAGAACAAUGUCCACUUCGACGCUAGGAGAAGGUAGAUCAGAAGUCUUCUAUAUUCCUGAUUUUACGUUGGAACAAAAGAGGGUCUUAUUUGAGAAGAUAAACAAUACAAUCUGGCCGAAUGAACUAGAAAAAAUUUAUGGAUGGAGCCUCGGUGCACCCACAUGGGCAGUCAAACCAUUAGUAGAGCAGUGGGUGAAUACAUAUAAUUGGGAAGCGACUAAAACUGAAUUAGACCGUUGGCAUCAUUAUCGAAUACAAAUUGAAGGCUUGAAAUUACACUAUAUUCAUGAAGAAUCUACACAGACCAACGCUAUACCAAUUGUUUUACUUCAUGGAUGGCCUUCAACGUUUUAUGAGUUCCACAAAUUGAUUGAACCGCUGCGUGAUGGUGCCAAUCAAGGCCAGCCAUUUCAUGUAGUUGUGCCAAGUUUACCUGGAUUCGGUUUUUCAGAAGCACCAAAAGAGAAGGGCUACGGUGUUGAAAAAGUGGCUAAAAUGAUAAACGCACUUAUGGUCCACCUUGGCUAUGAAAAAUACAUGUACCAUGGAGGAGAUUGGGGAGCCAUCAUAGGUAAAUGGAUUGCCACUAGGCAUAACGCUAAUUGCAAAGCCUAUCAUACGAACCUUCCAAUGUCAAUUCCACCACUGCCAACACUACGCAACUUGAUUUUCCAUCCGCUCAAGGUGGCUAAAUUUUUAACAAGCUUAGUAUUGGGGUUUGAUGCGGUUUAUGGUGUAGGUAAAACAGUUAUUGGCGGUGCUACGUUCGCAAAUGCAGAGUUGAAUAAAGAAUGCGGUUAUCGUGCCAUUCAAGGUACAAAACCGUAUACUCUAGCUUUUGGCCUGACGGAUAGUCCUGUGGGAUUAUUAGGCUGGAUGUUGGAAAAAUAUCACGAUUGGUCAUACCUUCCAGAUGAUGUAAGGGCUGCCCAAGCAUUACCAGAUACCAUUAGUUCAAAGGAGUUCUUGACCCAAGUGACUAUCUAUUGGUUAACGAACACCAUGUCUUCUUCGAUUCGAUUAUAUUAUGAAUGCCUACACCAAAAGGAAAUGUUGAAGGUGGUUUUGCCGCGCGUCAAGAUUCCAGUCGCAGUUUGUGCAUUCGCGCAUGAUAUUUUCAAGAUGCCAAAGGAAUGGUUAGAAACAUCAACUGAUCUUCAUCAGUUUAGUGAAAUGCCAUCAGGUGGGCAUUUUCCUGCAUUGGAAGAACCUCAAUUGUUGUUGAAUGAUUUGCAAGCUUUCGGCAAAAUGAUCAAACAUUCGAAGAUUUUGGAUUGAUCAAUGCGUGUUAGAUUUUCAACAGCCCUUGACUUCUGUUUUUAUAGGCAUAAAGUUGGGAUAAAUCACGUAGCUAAACCUUUGUAUCGCCCUCAGAAUUCUCCCCCUAUUAUAUUGUCUAUUUAUACCUUUAUUAUUGUUGCAUUUCGAAUUUAAAAGAGACAGAUGAUGAUUAUGAGAUAGAAACGCGACUCUCGCUACGAGUAAUAAAGGAUGAAUAUGAAAUGGUC